GUCAGGGGAUUGGAUUGCUGAUAGCAAUAACAAAAUGUUUGAUGAUUCACACUGUCACUGUGCAUGGUCACAGUUCACAAAUUCAAUAGAUAAAUAUUGCGAAGGGAGAUAAAUAUGUGAAACUGCUAUCGACUUGGUUGAAAACUGUGUUCUAGCACAAGAGACCUGAAGAAGGAUCAGUACCCCUGAACCUGUGAAACCAUAUAUAUCUCCAACUUGACAUCAAAGAUUGGCUGACUGUUCUUAUGAUGAGAAAUCUCUGAUGUGGAAUAUCCCCUGGAAAGUUGUUUUCCCAUUCGGGGGUUGGGGAAUCUAGCCGAGUAAAAUGAUGAAAUUACCUUUGAUAAUUUUAUUAUGCAUACUUGAUCAAGAAUGAUCGAAAAUAUGUAAUUUAAUUCCGCUGCGUAUAUUUUACUCUGUUUUUGCUAGCAAAGCCAACACCCAUAUGAUCCAAUUCAUUUAAGGCCUCUCUUUUUGACGACACUAAAUCCUGGCUCAUUGUAUUUGUUUGAUUGCAAUAGUAAGUUUUCCUUCAAAACAUUUGUAUGCAUAAGAAUAAAAUCAACAAGCGAAAAUCUCACAUUUAGUGAUCAUGAAGGAGCCCAGCAAGAGGAAAACAUGAGUGAGAGGUGACAAUGAGAAAAGUCACUUGAACUAGACAUCAGAACUUCCUGUUUGCCACUAAGACAUGUUACGGUCGGAAGAAAAUGGCAGUUUGGUAAAUAAGAAAAAGUGACAAGGACAAAAGAACAUUAGCAUCAGCAUUAAUUUAUUAUUAUUUAUCUAAUUGCAUAGAAGUUAUCGGAGGUGCAGAGGCACAAAUUUAAAGCAGCGUCGACCAUUUCAAACCUUCUAAAAAAUUCAGAAAAUUAGAUCCAAAUCCCCCUUUUUUUCUUCCCAUCUCUUCUUCUUUCUCAAAAAUUCACUAAAGACAAAAAACCCAAUUUGCAAAAAAUGGGAAUUCUAUGCAAGGUGGUUGACACGCUGCUGUUGGUGGCGUUCGUGGUGAUGUUAUUAGCUGGACCUUUAAUCGAUGCGCAGUUGGUUUUGCCAGAGACCACUUUCCCGGACGUGCUCAUCCGCCUAAAGCAACGCUACGCCGAGGAGUUCCAAGAUUAUUUGAUGGUGGAGAAGCCUCAUUUCUUCGUGGCCUUGGUCUGGCUGGAGCUUGUUUUCCAGUGGCCUCUCGUUUUGCUAAACAUUUAUGGGAUUUUGGCAUCCAAGCCUUGGUUCAACACCACUUGCCUCAUCUAUGGUGCCUCUGUUGUCACCGCCAUGACUGCUUUAUUAGGGGAGCUGCUGGGAUCUCAGAAAGCAUCAGAUAAAUUGUUGAAGAUGUACUCCCCUUUCAUGGGACUUGGUGUUUUAGCCUUGCUGCGAGGGCUGGUUCCACAAUCUGGCAAGGCUCCAACCAUUGGCAAAAGACCUGCACUAGCUAGGAAGAAGAGGGCUUGAUUGAGUUGAGACUUGAGAAUACAAAACCAUCUUCUCGAAUUUUUGUAAUCUUUUCUUGUCAUAUUUAGAAUGUUUUGUUUCAUUUUUGUAUCAUUAUUUCCUGGUUAUGAGUUCUAGUCCAUUGCUGGAUGCUGUUUGUCCAGAUGGUUUCCAAACACUUGUUUUAGUUUAUAAUUUAUAAACCAUUUCUGUCUACGAUCAAAUGAAAUGCUAUCUGAUUGAUCUUUGAUUAUUAUUUGCAUC